CCAAACUUAAUCGUUUGAGAGAAAAGCGAUCAUGGGUUCUUCUUCUAGAAAUCUUUAUGUAGGGAUUGGAGAAGGUUAAUCAACUUCUAGGCCACCGCUCUUCGAUGGCACUAACUACACAUAUUGGAAAGAGCGGGUGAGAAUCUACAGCUGCUCAACCAACUUCCAAUUGUGGUUGGUCAUCAAGAAUGACGAAGAAACGCCAAUGAAAAAGGUUGGGGAGAAACUCGUCCCUAAGACCGAGGAUGAAUUUGAUGCCGAAGACAUCAAAAAGGUAGAGAACUACGCAAAGGCUAUCAACAUGCUCUACUGCGUGGUCAACCCCGACAAUUAUCGUAAGAUCUCUUUCUGCACAACCGUGAAGGAAAUGUGGGACAAGCUUGAGGUAACUUACAAAGCCACAGACCAAGUUCGGGAAGCCAAAAUUGACUUCCUCACCAAGAUCUCUAAUGUCACCAUCGACGGUUUAAGAGAUAAUUUAAAAACUUAUGAAUCUACUAUUCUAACCCCGUCUUUGGAUGAACAAAAGAAGGGGAUAGCGCUGAAAGCAACCAAGGAAAUCGUUGAAGAGGAAUCAAGUGAUGAACACAGUGAGUUUGACCUCAUCAUCAAGAAAUUCCACAAAUUUAUGAAGAAAGAGCAUGAGCGCAAAGGAAAGAAGCACGACGGUUCCCCAAAGUGCUAUGGAUGUGGCGAGAUCGGUCACAAUAAACCAAGAUGUCCAAAAGCCAAGAACGCCAAGGACAAACGUGGGCUCAAGAAGCAACGAGCAUACAUCUCUUGGGGAGGAGACUCCGGAGAUGAUUCAAGCGAGCAAGAGGAAGACGAAGAAGCAAACCUUUGUCUCAUAGCUCAAGAAGAAGAGGAGUCAUCCAAAGACGAAAACCAAGAGAUCCUUUUUUAUUUCUAAAAAAAGCAUGCUCUAUCUACUGGAUAUGUAUAGAGUAUGUAGAGGGAGUAGAUUAUGCUGAUUUUGAGAUAGUAAGAUUAUGUAUUUAGCUUUUAGGGGAAUAAUACAAUCGCACAUUUCUUUUAAAAAAAUUGGGUGAGUAUGGAACGAAAGGAGAGUAUGUUUUUCUUCAAGUUAGCCCCCAGUGGUUUGGAUUUCUAGAUCCGCCACUAUCAAGCGCAAGUGUUAGGGGUGAACCGGGGGUCUUAUCAAGUUGUUAUUUUUGGAGAUGGAACUGUGGAAUAAUGAAGGGAAAAUGGG